CUCUUAUUCCUUUUUUUUUUUUUAACUAACGGAUUAUUAUUGUUGUUGUUUUAAAUUUAGCUCUUAGGGCUUAGCUGUUUGGGUUUUUCUUUCGCUGCGCGGCCCCUGUCUCUCCGGCUUCCCGAGCGUGAGCGGAGCCGCCGCGGCCGGCCCGAGAGCCGCUCCAGCGCCCUCGCUCGCCUCCAGCCCGCGGGGAACGCGGUCCCCGCGCCGCCUUCAAAGUGAGGUCCGGGCGAGCUGUGAUCGGCGGGGACCCGGCCCUCGCCUCCUUCCUCGCGGGCGCUAGGGCUCCCUGGCCUCUUUUCAGAGCGGACGGAGAAGCGAAAGAGGAUCAUCCUCGGCUGGGCGGCCGCCUCCUCCCGGACUCAGCGCGCCGCUACCCGCGCCCCUACCCACCCAUCCACCCGGCCCGGCCGGGCUAGGCCGCGGCGGCCGCUAGGCGCACCCGGCCAGGAGGCCAGGAUGUUCGCCGCCGGGCUGGCUCCCUUCUACGCCUCCAACUUCAGCCUCUGGUCGGCCGCUUACUGCUCUUCGGCCGGCCCUGGCGGCUGCUCCUUCCCCCUAGACCCUGCUUCGGUCAAGAAACCCUCUUUCUGCAUCGCAGACAUCCUGCACGCCGGCGUGGGGGAACCGGGGGCGGCCCCGGAGGGCCUGGCGGGGGCCUCGGCCGCCGCCCUCACCGCGCACUUGGGCUCCGCUCACCCGCACGCCUCUUUCCAAGCUGCUGCCAGGUCCCCGCUUCGACCCACCCCGGUGGUGGCGCCCUCCGAAGUCCCGGCUGGCUUCCCGCAGCGGCUGUCUCCGCUCUCGGCCGCCUACCACCACCAUCACCCACAGCAGCCGCAGCAGCAGCAACCACCGCAACAGCAGCAGCCUCCGCCUCCACCGCGGGCCGGCGCCUUGCAGCCCCCGGUCUCCGGAACACGGGUGGUCCCGAACCCCCACCAUAGCGGCUCGGCCCCAGCCCCCUCCAGCAAGGACCUCAAAUUUGGAAUUGACCGUAUUUUGUCUGCAGAAUUUGACCCAAAAGUCAAGGAAGGCAACACCCUGAGAGAUCUCACGUCCCUGCUCACGGGCGGGCGGCCCGCGGGGCUGCACCUCCCCAGCCUGCAGCCCUCCGCCGGCCAGCUCUUCGCGUCUUUAGAUCCUAUCAACGAGGCUUCUGCCAUCCUCAGUCCCUUAAACUCGAACCCGAGAAAUUCGGUUCAGCAUCAGUUUCAAGACACGUUUCCAGGCCCCUAUGCUGUGCUCACGAAGGACACUAUGCCCCAGACGUACAAGAGGAAGCGCUCUUGGUCGCGGGCGGUCUUCUCCAACCUGCAGAGGAAAGGCCUGGAGAAAAGGUUUGAGAUUCAGAAGUACGUGACCAAGCCGGAUCGGAAGCAGCUGGCGGCGAUGCUGGGCCUCACCGACGCACAGGUGAAGGUGUGGUUCCAGAACCGGAGGAUGAAGUGGCGGCACUCCAAGGAGGCCCAGGCCCAGAAGGACAAAGACAAGGAGGCGGACGAGAAGCCGGCAGGCGGAGCCCCGGCUGCAGACGGUGAGCAGGAGGAGCAGAGCCCUAGCCGCUCCGAGGGGGAGGCGGAGAGCGACAGCAGCGACUCUGAGUCUCUGGAUAUGGCCCCCAGCGACACCGAGCGGACUGAAGGGGCCGAGCGGUCUCCACACCAAACCACGGUCAUCAAGACCUCGGUCGCCGGUGCAGUCCUCUCCGCCAGCAGUGGUGGGAGUGGUGGCAGCGGCGGAGGCAGCGGCGGCGGCAGUUUCAGCUUCAGCGGCCAUGGAGGCAGCAGUACCAGCGCAGGCAGCCUCGGCGGCAGCGGCGUGGCCCUGGAGCUGCUCCCUGCACCCCAGCCCACCCUCAGCAGCGCUCCCAAAAGCCCCGAGCCCGCUCAGCCACCGCUGGGAGGCCUAUAGACUGGCGGAGGGCGGAGGGGACUGGGUGCUGCGUGCAGACGUGCAGACGCGUAGCCUUCCAGCGUCGUAGCUGGAUCUCGUGCCUACUUUAUAGUGGCGGCCCGGACACGGCCAGAGACGCAGCGGUGGAGCCUCCGUCCCCACGUUCGCAUCUCGCCCCUCGCUGGCCGCCUGGUACAGCCCACACUUGAGUGGCUUGGGGAGACUCAGUGCCCCAGCUGGCCGGACACUCCUCCUGGAUACAAGCAGCUCACACUGUGACGAGUGACUCCCCAGUUCCUUCCCGCUCUAGGGGUCGCAAGGACAUGCUGCACUUAGGAUGCCACAAACUUGUAAAUAAAAUGUUUACUACGGUUUGUAAA